CAUCGGGUAUCCCACAAGUCUUUUCACCAGGAAGUGUAAUGCCGGACAGGUCUCCGGUUUUGUUUUGACGAUGAUGGAGGAGGAAGAAUUUGAAUUUGCUGAGGAUUUGGAGGCUGUUUUGCAUCUAACCCCAGAGGUGCAACAUGCCAUUGAACAGGUUUUCCCCAGUCAAGACCCACUUGACAGAGCAGACUUCAAUGCUGUGGAAUACAUCAACACUCUGUUCCCCACCGAGCAGUCUUUGGCUAAUAUUGAUGACGUGGUAAACAAGAUUCGUCUGAAGAUUCGGCGCCUGGAUGACAACAUCAGGACAGUGGUGAGAGGCCAGACCAAUGUGGGCCAGGACGGCAGACAGGCUUUGGAAGAGGCACAGAUAGCCAUCCAGCAGCUCUUUGGCAAAAUCAAAGACAUCAAGGACAAGGCAGAGAAGUCUGAACAAAUGGUCAAGGAGAUUACAAGGGACAUAAAGCAGUUGGACCAUGCCAAGCGCCACCUCACUACGUCCAUCACCACCCUCAAUCACCUGCAUAUGUUGGCAGGGGGUGUUGACUCUUUAGAAGCUAUGACCAGAAAGAGGCAGUAUGGUGAGGUGGCCAACCUGCUGCAGGGAGUGGUCAAUGUGCUUGAACAUUUCCACAAGUACAUGGGCAUACCCCAGAUCAGACAGCUUUCUGAGAGAGUAAAGGCAGCGCAGAGUGAGUUGGGGACUCAGAUCCUGGCAGAUUUUGAAGAAGCCUUCCCUACUCAGGGCUCCAAGAGACCAGGUGGUCCCAGUAAUGUGCUGAGAGAUGCCUGCCUGGUGGCCAAUGUGCUUGACCCGCGCAUCAAACAGGAGAUCAUCAAAAAGUUCAUUAGGCAGCAUCUCUCAGAGUACUUGGUGUUAUUCCAGGAAAACCAAGAUGUUGCAUGGCUAGACAAGAUCGAUCGCCGCUACGCAUGGAUCAAAAGGCAGCUGGUAGACUAUGAGGAGAAGUAUGGACGCAUGUUUCCCGAGGAGUGGUGCAUGACUGAGCGUAUUGCUGUGGAGUUCUGCCACAUCACCAAGGUGGAGCUGGCUAAAGUGAUGCGAACACGGGCCAAGGAGAUUGAGGUGAAGCUGCUUCUGUUUGCUAUUCAAAGGACCACAAACUUUGAGGGUCUUCUGGCCAAACGCUUCACAGGAUGCACCCUGACUGACGUACCUGGACAAAAGAGGCCAGAGAGCCCUCUAGAACCCACUAACCCCUUCCUGGAAGAUGAGCCAGGUGAGGAUGUGGGCACAGAAACAGAGGAUCUGGCUAAGCCCAGGAAGCCAAAAGCUCCGGACAACCCUUUCCACGGCAUUGUCUCCAAGUGUUUCGAACCUCAUCUAUACGUCUACAUAGAAUCCCAAGACAAGAACCUGGGCGAACUGAUUGACCGGUUUGUGGCUGACUUCCGAGCACAAGGCCCACCCAAGGCGGGCACAGAGGAGGGCGGAGCAGUGCUGCCCAGCUGUGCUGACCUCUUUGUCUAUUAUAAGAAGUGCAUGGUGCAGUGCUCACAACUGAGCACUGGAGAACCAAUGAUCGCCCUCUCAACAAUCUUCCAGAAAUUUCUGAGGGAGUACGCUUGGAAGAUCCUCUCUGGCAACCUGCCUAAAUCCAGCAGUAACAGUGGGGGUUUAACCAUCAGCAGUCUGCUGAAGGAGAAAGAAGGCUCAGAAGCAGCAAAGUUCACCGUGGACGAGCUCUGCCUGAUCUGCAGCAUCCUUAGCACUGCAGAGUACUGCCUGGCUACCACACAACAGUUGGAAGAGAAACUAAAGGAGAAAGUAGAUAAAAUCCUGGUGGAGAGAAUUAAUUUGACUGGGGAGAUGGAUACAUUUAGCACGGUGAUCUCAAACAGCAUCCAGCUACUGGUUCAAGACCUCGAUGCUGCCUGUGACCCUGCUCUCAGUGCUAUGAGCAAGAUGCCAUGGCAGAGUGUGGAGCACGUGGGUGACCAGAGUCCUUACGUGACAUCAAUCAUCAUGCACAUUAAGCAAAAUGUGCCGAUCAUGAGAGACAAUCUGGCCUCCACGCGCAAAUACUUCACACAAUUCUGCAUCAAGUUCACAAAUUCUUUUAUUCCCAAAUUUAUCAACCAUCUGUUCAGAUGUAAGCCUAUCAGCAUGGUGGGAGCAGAACAACUCCUCCUUGACACUCACUCCCUGAAGACGGUCUUGCUGGAUCUGCCCUCCAUAGGCUCCCAGGUGCUCCGCAAGGCACCUGCCAGCUACACCAAGAUAGUGGUGAAAGGCAUGACCCGUGCAGAGAUGAUCCUUAAGGUGGUGAUGGCCCCACAUGAACCAGCAGUGGUGUUUGUUGAUAACUACAUCAAGCUCCUGGCUGAUGGCAACCCUGAGACCUUCCAGAAGAUUCUGGACAUGAAGGGUCUGAAGCGCAGUGAACAGAGCAGCAUGCUGGAGCUCUUCAGGCAGAGGCUACCCACUCCACCCUCCGGGGGUGACGGCGGCCACUCUCUGUCCUUCAGUACACCCACCCCUGAGCAGGAGUCCUCCCGCAUCCGUAAACUAGAGAAACUCAUCAAGAAGAGACUGUGAACAGACACACACUGAAAUUGCAUCCUGAGAAUUAAAAGAACUGAAUGAUGGGAUGGUCUUCACCUCUGUUGCAGUUAUUCAUCUCAAAGACUACAUUUUCUGACAGUAGUAUGAAUGAACCCAAGCUGACCAUGCUGGAUUAUGAAGAAACUUCCUCAGCUGCUACUUGCUGUUGUUACACAUCAUCUACUUCUGUAAUUUCCCACUUUUUCCCCCAUGACACUAAUGUUUGAUCUUUGUAACAUUAGUACAUUAUUGCACUCAGAAGACUAAAUGUAGUGCUGUAAAUUCUGCUCAAAAAGCCCUCUGGCUGUCUCUCUGGGACAUGUCUAAUACAGGAUCAUUGCAGGCAGCAUGAUCAUUUAAAUUCAUAUUAGAACAAAACUUUAUUUGAAGGAUAGCCAUGGUUUCCCUAAACUGCUUUGCCUUGGCAUUUAAAACUCCUCUGGGUUGACUUGGAAGUUAGAACCAGUUAAACUUAAAGGAUUUUAACUUGAAAAACAGCACAUCACAGUCUCUGGAAGAAAACAAAAAAACGACUACUUGUUUGAAGUCAGCGCUCUGGUUAUGAUCACUGACUUUGAUGCCAGUGCCUCUCACAUUAGCAAGUCCUUGUAACCUUAGAUUAAAUGUAAAUUAGUGUACACAUUCCUGCCUUCAGGUACAAGAUGUUAAUGUGUGUAUUGUAUGCUACACGGGAAAUUGUUGAACACUAUUAAAACAUUGCCACAGUU